GAGGACGUCAUCGUCGACCCGUGGACCGUCUCUGGCAACAUCAACUACGACAAGCUGAUUGAGCAGUUUGGCUCGCAGCCGCUCACACCCGCGCUGAUUGAAAAGUUCGAGCGUGUGACGGGCCGGACGGCGCACACGUGGAUCCGGCGUGGCAUCUUCUUCUCGCACCGCGACCUCGACGCAAUCCUGGACAACCACGCCGCCGGCAAGCCCAUGUACCUGUACACGGGGCGAGGGCCGUCCUCCGAGUCGCUGCACCUCGGCCACCUCAUCCCGUUCCACUUCACAAAGUACCUGCAGGACGUGUUCCGGUGCCCGCUGGUCAUCCAGAUGACGGACGACGAGAAGUUCCUGUGGAAGGACCUGCAGCUCGACGAGUGCCACCGACUCGCCGCCGAGAAUGCCAAGGACAUCAUCGCCUGCGGCUUUGACAUCACUCGCACCUUCAUCUUCUCGGACCUCGACUACAUCGGCUCGAUGUACCCAAACAUCGUGCGCAUCCAAAAGGCGGUGACGUACAACCAGGUCCGCGGCAUCUUUGGCUUUGACGACUCGUGCAACAUCGGCAAGCACGCCUUCCCGGCGGUGCAGGCG